AUGAAGCUGCUUCUUUCUCUGACUCUCAUCUGGGUGCUCUCCAGCACAGGUGAAGCACUUGUGUGUGAAACUUGCACAAAUCCUAACUGUUCAACCACAGCAGCAGUUACAUGUGUAACAGAGACGAUGUGUAUCACAGCUUCCAUUCAAGUUGGGACUGCUGGACAGCAAAUCUACAAGGCCUGUGCCCCCCCCUCCCUGUGUCCAUCCACAGGCUCUCAGACAUUUUCAGUUAACUUGGGUGAUUUGAGUUCACUUGCAAGUGCUACAUGCUGCAGCACAGACAACUGCAACUCCGUCACUCUGCCUUACCCUGCGGCUCCAGCAGAUAACAGUCUAAAGUGUCACAUUUGUAGCCCCGGCACCUCUGAUUGCAGCCUUUCAUUACAAUGUAAGGGAACAGAGGAUCGCUGCUUUCAAGCCAGUGUGACAAAUGAGAGCGGCACUUUUCCCAUCUUUGGCUGUGCAUCUUUAAAUAUGUGCGCAGCUGCUACCAGCCUGAGGACAUUGCCUUUCAUGUCAAAUUCUUUGACCAAUAUCAGUGGACCAGCCUGUUGUGACACUAGUUUGUGUAACACUCUCACUGCAACAACGACAACCACUACCCCAACAACAACCACUAUGCCAAUGACAACAACCACGACUCCUACAACAACCACUACCCCAACUACAAUAAACAGUCACGUCAGGGCACCAGGUUACUACACAACAUUAGGAUCAGUUGGAAUAAAGGAGCUGAUUGCUAGAAUCUCGUCUGCUCGCUCUGCGUCUUCUGGCAGUGCCCCAGUGCUGAGGGAGUCCCUUUGA